GGUUGUAGUUCAUACUCCACGCCAGUUGGGGCCGUUAUCUCGUUGUUUGCCUAAAAGAUUCGAUGCAGAAGAGAUUAAAAAAAAUAAACACCACAAACACCAUCAGCAAUUGAAUUCAACUUACGAACAUGACCAGGCGUCGUUUUGAGACCAAUAACAUAACUGCCUGAAGGGAUCUGAUCAACCAGGGAGAAGGAGUGGUCGAGACGACAGCUUUAACCUCUGCUGCCAAAGUUUUGGUCUCUUCAACAAUCAGAAAUUUUCCAACGCCAUGUCUCACCACUAUUCACCUCAGAUUCAGAGUCAUCCAUCUGUGAAAGAUCACAGAUCACUUCCUGGUUUCGUUCCGACAUUCAGCUUGAGUUCAUCUGGAUCUUCGACUUUUACUAACUUUAGCAGCACAGCAAUAUCUCCACAGCUGACUCCACCGGCGAGCUUCUGGCCUGAGCAGAAGGCUGCCUUAUUGGAUAAGAACAUUGAGAGGUCUGUAGACGUCCCUGCUUGGAGAAAUAAAGAGAUGGGGCAUCAGCCUUUUGGUGUGGACACUUACUCUACCGACCCUCAUAGAGAUGAGGUUCCUACAUCAAGCACUGGCAGGAUCUCUCAACCGGGGGCAUCAACCUUUCAAGGACUUAAACACUCUGGUGUUGGCAGCAGCUCCAAGGACUGGUCACUGAUGAGAAACACAAAUGGUGAUACCUCCAGGCACUUCUCAUCAUCUGGAGCUUCUGGUUUUGAUGAAAGUAGAGUUUCAUGUAGUGAACAGACAGAUGAUGCGCCGUUUAUUCCUGAAUGGAGUGAAAAUUCAGUCUCAGCUCUACCGCCUGAGACCAGUCCACCCAGGUAUUCUGCAGAGUCGGCUGCAGACAUCUUGAUGGCAUUUGGACUUGUAAAAGAGGACUUGUUAGAACUUGACUCUUACCCCAAAGAUGAGCUCACACCUGAAAAUCUGCCUCUUAUUUUGCAUCAGAUUAGCAUUAAGAAGCGGAAAAGAGCUGCCGGAGUCUCCUCAGAGCUCCAUCGUUCCACCAGCAUGAGUUCAAAAACCAGUUUAGAUUCCAAGGAGACGGUAACACACCAGAACAAAAUGCCAAAAAGUAUUCUGAAAAAAAGGAAAGUGAUGGACUUUGGAGCUUCUGGCAUUCCCAGUAAGGAUGAGAUUGAAAAGACGAGUGAAGACCGCUGUGGGAGAGGAGAUGCGUCACUGUCGAACAAUCAGAGACCGAGUGGUUGCAGUCAGGAGGUCCGGAGCGCUGUUGAUGAGGAGAAUCGUGUUCAAUAUGGAGAGAAUCAACAGAAUAGGGACCAGAAAGGUCCGGUCUCCAAAGGUCUACCACCGUCAUCCAUGGUUAAUGACUACACGUCGUCUACACCCAGAGUCUUUCCACACACCUGCUCUCUGUGUAACAAAGAAUGUGUCCAUAUGCAGGAAUGGUUCUCUCAUCAGAGCACCAGCUUUCACCAAGAGAGCCGCAGACUUCUCCAGAAACAGUUUCCAGAGUGGGAUGGUGAGGAACGACCAUCCAUCAGUGGAAAAACCAAGGCCUUGCCUUCAACUUCCCAGAUUCUGCAGCGUUGUGACCAGAAAACCAGCUGUGAUGGCCAUUCUCGGCCAUGCAGUCCACUCAACUCCCGCAGCUCGGAAGUUAAAAUGGACAACUCUGCUGGAAGUUUCUGGUCCAGUAUUGUGCAUCAUCAGAGUAAUCCCUCCCAUUCCUAUCCACAUGACAAAGGCUCUUUUCGUUGCUCGGAGGGUCAAGUGCAAAAAUCCAGAAGCAGGUCACGUUCCAAUUCACCUUGUCACCACCAUGGCUCCAAGGACAGUAGAGACAGAUCAGUAUCACCUCACAGAGAGACUCAAUGUGUUUAUGAGAGAUUUACUCAUAGUGAGCAGGUACAUGAUGUACAGUGCAUCCCAGGUUUGGGGGAAGAUCCAGUCACAAGCCAGUCUGCUUUACCUUUUGAGUCCAGUCCACCCAGGUUUACUGCGGAGUCAGCUGAAAAUCUUCUCUUGAGCUUUGGACUUGUAAAAGAGGACUUGGCAGGUCUAGCCUCUUACCCUGAAAAUGAGAUUACUCCUGACAGUCUGCCUUACUUCUUGCGUCAAAUUCGCAUUCAGAAGCAGAAAAUAGAUGGAAGGGUAGGAAAUUCUCAUAAAGCCUCUUCAAACAAAAGUGUGGAUUUGCAAAACAAUUUAAAUGUGAAUAAAAACCCAGCAAAGAUGAAGAAGAAAACCAAGAACAAGAAGACAACAGAUAUUCUGGGUGGGAGUAACUUGGUUCAUUGUAGAGUUUCUGGCGUUCCUGUUGGGGGUAAAAAUGAAAAGACAAGCAAACCUUCUGGUGGUGAAAGAGGUGUGUUACAAGUAGACAAUGAAAAAUUUGUUGGUUGCAGUAAGGAGUCAAUACCAAAAAAUGUAAAAACCAACGACUCAGACUCUGUUACCAACCUCAGUUCAAAGAAGGGUCCUUUCAAACAGUCGGGGGCAGGCCACCUGUUGACGUCAGAAACAAAUCAAUCUUGCACUAAGCGUCCUAACUGCCCAGCUUCUAAGAACUCCAACCAUGAGCAAAGUAAAACUCAAGAAAAAGGGAUAAUAGCUGGUAAAGAGAAGGGAAAUCAGCAGACUGCGAAGCAUGGACAGCUACAGCAGACCCAACCAGGAUUCAAGACUGACAAAGAUUUGCAGCAUCAGUUUGCUUCUACACAUAGAGCUCCCUUUUGCCCCCGCCCUACCUUUAACGAUGUUGAUCAUAUGCCACUUUCACCUUCCAACCUGUAUUUAGACAAGCUUUCCAGAUUUCUACCAUUGUUAUGUCAGAUGAAUGACUAUGCUGCAAUUACGCCAAAGGUCUUUCCAUACACCUGUUCUAUCUGUAAUACAGAAGGCAGUCACAACAUGGCGGAUUGGUUCUCUCACCAGAUGUCCAGCUUUCACCUUGAGCGCUGUAAAGGCCUCCGUCAACAAUAUCCAUUAUGGGAUGGUCAGGUUCGAAAACUCAGCAGAAGCAGAUCAAGAUCACUAACAAGGUCAAAAUCAAGAUCACGAUCAAGAUCACGAACAAGAUCCCGUUCACCACACAGCUUUCGAGACACUCACGGAUCUCAGUCUCGUUCCUGGUCUCCAUUUUAUCACCCAUCCACCUCAAGGAGCAAGGAGAGACAAUCCCCAUUCCACAGGAAAGAUGAUGAAUGGUCUUCUCUGAGGAGGAGAAGCUUCGAGCAAAAUAUUUCACCCACGCAAAGCCACGAGAGGCCAACAUUGCAAAGACUGAGUCACGAGACAAUUUUCCACCGACAAAUCCAUUCCUCAGCGGAGGUCGAGCAGACUCCUGACAAAAAGCCCAGUCCUCAUGGGAGUAAGAAGACUCCUGACGAAAACCCCAGUCCUCAUAGGAGCAAGGAGACUCCUGACAAAAAGCGUGGUUCUCAUAGGAGUAAGAAGACUCCUGACUUAAGUCCCAAUCCUCAUAGGAGUAAGAAGACUCCUGACAAAAGUCCCUAUCCUCAUAGGAGUAAGGAGACUCCUGACAAAAAGCCCAGUCCUCAUAGGAGUAAGAAGACUCCUGACAAAAAGCCCAGUCCUCAUAGGAGCAAGGAGACUCCUGACAAAAAGCGUGGUUCUCAUAGGAGUAAGAAGACUCCUGACUUAAGUCCCAAUCCUCGUAGGAGUAAGAAGACUCCUGACAAAAGUCCCAAUCCUCAUAGGAGUAGGAAGACUCCUGACAAAAGUCCCAAUCCUCAUAGGAGUAAGAAGACUCCUGACAAAAGUCCCAAUCCUCAUAGGAGUAAGGAGACUCCUGACAAAAAGCCCAGUUCUCAUAGGAGUAAGUAGACUUCUGGCAGUUCUAAGGUUGGUGUGUGUUUUAAUGUAUUACAGAAGAUAUGUUUAUGAACCUGUCUUUUGUGAUGACUUAGACAAUGGUGAUACACGUCAUAAGAAAUUGGCCUACUUUCUCAUACUCUCACUUGUACUCAUUCUUUGCUUUUCAAAGUCCAAGCUGGAAGGGCAUCCCGACCACAUGCCCAGUCUAUCCCAGGCUGCUCCUCUUGAUGUAGAAAUCUGCAUUCCAAGUCCCUCCUGCAGACCUGCCAACCUGAACGUAUUUUGCAUAGCAAGUACACAAUUUGGCAUCUAAUUACGCUGGUAUGACUCACCCCUCUAAACUACGCAAAAAGCCACAAACGUGAGUUCUGUAGAAAAUAUUAAGGUUUGGUAUUAAGGUUUGCUCCUGGCUACCCUGCAGAGGACACUCAUUUUGGCUUCCUUUAUUUGUGGUCUUUUUUUUUUUUUGGUCAAAGCUAAUGACCAAAGGUAAAGGUUGUACUGUUGACUCCUUGAACAGCUACCUUCUCAAGACAAAAUUUAUUUUGCUCCAUUGAUCCUAAGAGCUAUGUUGUCAAUGGCAGUUUUCUUUGGUUGGUUCACCCUUGGUAUAGGGAGCCUAAGUCACACCCAUUUACUUCCAGACCAUGUGUGCCCAGAAGAACGAAAAAAAAAGAAUGCAAGUCAAUGGGGCUAGAAACGCUAUUUUCUAGUUCCGCUUGUUUUGUGCCAUGGAUUUUACAUAUGAUGUCAGUGAAUUUUAAAGAAGCAUUUUGAUACCAAGAACGCGCUUAUUUACGAACUAGAGGAAAUGCUAUUUUAGGUUUUGUUUGAAAAUAUGUCCAGGACUACAAAUGCGCUUCACGAAAGUGACGUCAUCAAACCAGACAUGGAGAAUACUGAGGAAUAUGGCUGUAAGUUCACCUAACUUCAAAUCCUUCCCUCGUGCCGAUUUCUGGUUUGUAGUCAUGCUAAUAAUGAACUUUUACAAGCUGAUAAAUCUCAAAGGGUGUGACUGGCGUGGUCAAAACUCCCAUCAUUACUUUUCAUUUAAAUUGCAGUACAACAUAUGUGUGGUCCAGGGCAUAAGGCAAAGCGGAUUAGAAAACAGCUCUUUUAUCUCCAUUGACUUGCAUUCAUUUUUUUGUUCUUCUGGGAACCCAUGAGCUGACCGGAAAGGGAGGAGACUUGGGCUCCCUAUAGUGGUCCUAGAUGAAGGGUGAGACAAAGAGUUGUUCAAGAGACCUUUCAUGGAUGAAAACAAAACCAGAGUACUUGGCCUGGAGGAUUAUCAGGGCCCAAUUGGAUCAAGACCUGUGGUCACACCUCCAAACGAGAAUAAACCCCAGCCAUCUGGGGUGGAAUCUACAGUUGUCUGUCAGACUGUCUCCACAUGCUAUUGGACAACGAAUAACGUGACGUACUGCUACAGAUGUCAGUCAGUCACUCCUACAGAUUGUGAUUAGACCGACCUGCAAAACAAAAUCAUUUUGCUUCUACUAGCUUUUCUAGAUUUUAGGCUAGGUUUCAGGAAUUCUGAGCCUGACCACAAGGUGUCAGCAGAGAGUUGAUCUGCCGCAGCUGUUUUACAAAGAGACAUUUUCAGAUGCAUGCUGUCAAAAUGGUCUCGAUCGCUAGUGGUGAAGGUGGAACAGAAAUCUUUUUAAUGAAGUUUUGUGCCACAAAAGUAUAAAUAUGUACCUAUUCAAAUUAAACUGUAUAUGAUGUAUUACAUUUCAGAUGUGCAUUAGACAUAAUCAUACAUAAUUUCACUUUAAAAUACAUCUUUUCAUUACUCUGUUGCGUUUCAUAAGGAUGUUGGUGUUGGAUUUCAUACGAGUCAUGUUGUACUGAAGGAUGUUUGAAGAAAUAAAACAAAACUUGAUUCUU